AUGGUGUCGACCGUUGUGUGCUCGCAUCGUGCUGUUGUGCGGUGUGCAUGUGCGCUUGCGCUUCUACUUGUAUGCGUGGCACUGAACUCGAACGCAUUUUUUGACUUUGGUGGCGGUCAUCACACCGAUGCGUCGAAGGCCCAGGUGCGCCGUGGCCCAGAGGUGGACUACUACAAGGUGCUGCAGUUGGAGGGUAAGCGCGAGGAAGUGACGGAGAAGGACAUCCGCCAGCAAUUCCGCCGCCUCUCUCGUCUUUACCACCCCGAUGUAGCGAAGACGGAAGAGGAUAAAGCGAAGUACAGUCAAGUUAACCGUGCGUACGAGGUGCUCUCCGACAAGCGGAAGCGGAAGAUCUACGACAUGCGUGGGGAGCAGGGCUUGGCGCAGCUUGAAGAGCUGGACCGCACCAAGGGCUCCCCUGGCGGUGGUAUGAACCCCCUCGCCCAGCUCUUCGGCAUGCGGGCGGACAACGGCCUGCGAGGGCCCGACAUGGAGCUGGAGGCGAAGGUGGACCUUGCCAAAUUGUUCACUGGCGGGCAGGAGAUUCUCCGGAUCAACAAGCGCAGGGUGUGCCAGGCCUGCAAAGGCAGCGGCGCCGAUGCGACGGCGGCCGUUGUGCAGUGCCGGCAAUGCGGCGGCCAGGGCGUGUUGCGCCAGCGCAUCCAGUUAGCUCCUGGCAUGAUCCAGGAGGUACACCAGAGGUGCACCUCCUGCGGCGGAGCGGGUCGGCGGCCAGAGCGGGUGUGCCCCGUCUGUCGAGGCAGGAAGGUCAUGCAGGGCAGCAGCACAAUUGUAUUGGAGCUGGAGCCCGGCAUGACGGAGAACUCCGUGCUGAAGUUCGAGAUGGAGGCCGAGGAGUCGCCGGACCGUCUGCCGGGGGACGUUGUCGUGCGCGUGCACACCCACCCGCACCCCGUUUUCUCACGCCGCCGCAACCAGCUGGACUUGGACACGUCCCUAACGCUGACUCUCAAGGAGGCCCUCGUAGGCUUUGACCGCAACAUCACACACCUAGACGGCGAGGAGCAGGUCCGAGUGUAUCGACGCGACGCCGUGUCUCCCUACGGCACGGUGCUUCGCCUCCCGGGAAAAGGAAUGCCAAAGCUGCAUGUUCCAUCGGAGCGGGGCGACCUCUACAUCCGCCUGCAGUACGACUUGCCCGCACGGCUGACAAAGGAGCAGAAGGAGCUGGUGGAGAAGCUGCUGUGA